UGCAACGAGAUGACCAUGGUCAUCGAACGGCACGAUGGGUACGCCCAAAACGAGCUCUUUGGGGGCGGCCCGGGUUUUCCUGGCCGCCAAGCAAUCCGGUUCCGUACGGCGCGUGCGAGUGACCAAGUCCACGAAGGAGACCCACUCCACUGCGGCUAUUAUUGACCAGAAUCAAAUGCUCGUGGACACGUUUCACGGGGUCAAAUUGAAGUGGGUUUUGGUGUCAAGACAAGUCGGCUCGGUUGGCAACCGAGUUCAUCAAGGCCCAAACUCAACGGUUCAACACGGAGAUCAGUACUUUGAGCUCACUUUUGACAAGAAACAUAAGGAGAUCGUGGACAAAUCCUAUCUGCCUUUCGUCAUGAACCAGGCCAAGUCCAUAAAGCAGGAGAAGAAGACGUUGAAACUUUACACUGCAAGCUCUAACGGUUCAUUAUCGGGCCCAUGGUCCUUGGUGAACCUCGACCACCCGGCGACGUUCCAGACAUUGGCCAUGGACCUAGAGCUCAAGAAGAAGAUCCUCGACGACCUUGACAGGUUCGUGAGGAGGAAGGAGUACUACAGGAGAGUCGGCAAGGUGUGGAAAAGAGGGUACCUAUUGUACGGACCCCCUGGAACAGGAAAAUCGAGCUUGGUCGCCGCGAUGGCCAAUUACUUGAACUUCGACGUAUACGACCUAGAACUGAGUGGGCUUCGGAGCAAUGCGAACCUCAGGAGAUUGCUCGUCGCCACCACGAAUCAGUCCAUAUUGGUGGUCGAGGACAUCGAUUGCACCAUUCAGUUGCAAGAUAGGAAUCCAGGAACACGAGCCGCCGGCAUGAAUCCGAUGUUGAUGUGUUAUCAACAACAAGAUCAAGUGACGUUGUCUAGAUUUCUCAACUUCACCGAUGGGCUUUGGUUGAGCUGCGGCAAUGAGCAAAUCAUAGUCUUCAUGACAAACCAUGUUGAGAAACUAGACCCGGCCAUAUUGCGCCCAGGGCGCAUGGAUUUGCAUAUUCCCAUGUCCUAUUGCACCCCUUGUGGGUUCAGGCUUCUAGCUUAUAAUUAUCUCGGGAUCGAUCAUCAUGAGCUUUUCAACCAAAUUGAGAGCGCGAUCACGAUGGCUAGAGUCACUCCGGCUGAAGUAGCGGAGGAGUUGAUGAAGUGUGAUGAAUCAGAGAUCGUCCUCAGGGACAUGGUUUCCUUCCUCACUAAUCACAAGAGGAAAGAAAAUGAAGAAGUCAUCAAGGAGAACGUUUGUCGCUCUCAAUUGAUCGUAGAAAUUGGAGGGAGUGAAGAAGAAAGCAGCAAGGGUCCGGCGAGGGGCGCGGCGUUGCGGGAGGUCUCCGUGGGUGUUGAUCGCGGGUGGUCGUCGGGCUGCGGCGUCGAUUGGCGGGGCCGCGGGAGCGAGACGGGUCGCGGCGUCGAUGGCGUGAAGAAGCUCGGCGUCAAGGGCGUCGCGGGUCGGUCAGCGAGAUCGGGCGUGGCGGAGGCGCGGAGGCUCGGUGAGCGUGGCGGACGGACCCCGGCGCUGAACUCGGGCGUCGUGGGCGAGGGUCUCGAGGCCAGCGAGACGCAGCAAGUCGCGGCCGAUCGCGAAUCAAGCGGGAGUAACGACGUCUGGUUGCGGCGGUGGAGCUUCGGGCUGAAGGCGAAGCGAAACGGCGUCGCGGGCGUCGGUGGUGAACUCGCGGGUGCGGGAGACGUAGCGGCGUCGGUUCUUUGCGGGGACGAAGUCGCGCCGGGCCGAGGCGCGACGAGUGCCGGGCGAUCGAGACCCGGUUGUUGCGGAUCGAGCAGGACCAGCGUUGGGCUCUCGGAACAGCUACACGGGUGCGGUGAACGGCGGUAG